AUGAUGCCGGUACUUGGAGCCACGCCGAUGCAAGUCGCACCUCGACAACGAGCUCCGCGACAAACGUCAUCGUGCCUUGAAUGCCGCCGUCGCAAGCAAAAGUGCUCGCAAAGUCAACCAUGUACAAAUUGCUUUCGUCGGUUUCCCUCACCCGAAUGUAUAUACGAAGUCAAGUCUUCCAAGAGACAUCACCCAAUAGCUUCACGCCCGAAACCACCUCUAGUGGGAGAUGUACGAGAAGGCCCUUACUCACAUCUCAACCCUGCGACUAUCCAAGACGCUCUCUAUUAUCUCGAGGACGAAAGGUCACCCACUUCUUCGGUAACUAGUCCUAGCUCAUCCGUCGCCACUUCAGCUACACAACCACGAACCGAUCUAUGGUUACCUUACAAGAUUCACUCAUCACCAAAUGGUGACGAUGACGACACGAUACGUCAGUCAGUCUGGACCAUCACGGCAAAGAGCACCGCAACAGCCAAACUCAAUUAUUCCAAUGAACGUGUCACAGAGAUCUUGGGGUCUCAAGAUUACGAUGAGCGGUACAAUAUCAUCCCGCCAGUUGAUGGCUCUGCAGUACAGCUAGAGUACCUUCCCAUGAAACCUACCAAGUUAAACAAGGAAUUAGUACGCAUUCACUUGCAAUUACUCUCGCGCUUCAAGUGCGCAGUAGACGGUAAUCCAGAUCCCGCCAACGAGUUCAUGAACUUCUGGAUUCCCUGCACUCUGCAAGAUCCCCUCCUUCUCCAAAUCGUCUUGUUUACAUCAUCAUGCUGGUUAUCCGAAACCCGUCAUUUUUCCAAGGCUUUACAAUACGCACACAAGCACCAGGUUUAUCGAAUGCUGAAUUCUCAGCUCACGGAUCAACAGGCACAGACGAGCGAUACUUUAGUGCUUGGUGUUGUCCAGAUGAUUGCGGACUCUUGGUACUGGGGUGCUACGCAUGAUCUAAAAGCCCACCUUAGUGGUCUUAGAGGGAUGAUCAACCUGAGAGAUGGGCUGUCCCAGCUCGGUUUGCGUGGUUACUUGGCCAAGAUGGUUCUCAUUCACGACAUAGUCAUGGCGCUCGCACAUGAGAUCAAGCCCUCCAUGUAUGGACAUCCCGGCUUCGAGUUCCGAGAUUCACGAGCUGUGCCCUUCAACACGGCCUUCAACACCCCCUUUAUCAGCAAUUGGCAAUCUUUCAAAGAAUGCUCAAAUUCUUUACAGUUACACCCAAGUACUGCUCAAAUACUCGACGACAUGAGGGGCUUGUUCUCAGCCAUUCUAGCUUUACCGAGAAAUCCAAGUUCUGAGCACGUCCAAAAAGUUCUCUCAACGGCUCAGUGGUUUUACGAGAGGAUCCUGAAUUUACCGGAAGACACCCCCGCUCUUCAAUCUCCAAGGCCUUCCCAAUCAUCUAGAGCAAGCUCGGUCGAGAGCCCAGGAAGUUCUGCGGGAUCACUUAGAACUGACAAGUCUUCUUCGCCCUCCCUACUUCCAGACGUCAUGUAUCGCGUUAUCCGCAAAGUGGCCUUAAUCUACUGCAAAGCGAUCCUCAAUCGUUCCCCAAUCAGCUCUGCUUGUUCUGAAGAAGACAUUCAAGUGCUUUGGCUAUCGAUCUGGAAGUCCGGUCUGGCAACUUGGAAAUCAGUUCUCGGUAUCUUCGCAUGGGUCAUGAUUGCCCUCGUGACAAAUUGUCACAAAAUCGGUCCUGGCCGCCUCAUCAAGACCUUGACCAUGUCUACAAUGAUGUCCAUCGGGAUGGAGAACUGGGACGUCUUUAAUCACAUAGCGAAGACUUCCUUUAGAUUACAAAGAUGGCUCGCAGGAGGGCGCGAUGAUACUAAUGACCUUAUGGGAGGAGAGAAAGUGGUGGACAAAUAUGGCUUUGGGAUGAUAGACGCAUUACCACCUGUCGAUAUACCAGCUGAUGUGGAAUCAUCAGAAGAUAUUUAA